UUGGUGCAUCCUCCAUAACUCCACAUACUAAAUCCAAACACAGCCCUAAUUUCUUCUAUAUACCCAGAAUCUCUGCGGAGCUUCCAUGGAUUUUGCUGUCUUCUUCAAGAGGAAACUUAUCAGGAAGAUGGAUCUUCAUCAAACGCCUUGCUCCGUCGUCGUUUCUCCGCAGAAGAAUAAUAAUGAUAAGAAGAAGAAGAUGAUGAAGAAAAGAAGUGAUGUUUCUCAGAACAAAGAGAAUAAAAGGUGUGUUUUAUUGUCGUUUUGGGAGCUGCCGGAAUACAUGAAGGAUAAUGAGUUCAUAUUGAGUUAUUACCGAGUCAAUUGGUCUCUUAAGGAUGCUCUUUUUAGCAUUUUUCGUUGGCAUAAUGAAACGCUCAAUGUCUGGACACAUCUACUUGGAUUUUUACUUUUUUGUGGGUUGACCGUGGCGAAUGUAAUGGAAGUUCCUCAGGUAGCCGAUCUUCUCGGUCUGUUUAGCAGGUCAAUUCUUACAAGUGCAAAGGCAAAUGUUUCCCAUAAUUCAUUCUUUUUGAGAACCACAGAACUCUUAGAAUUGAAGCAAAUAACAACUCCAGAAAUGGACAUAACAUCGCCGGAAACAUCAGUUACCCGGUGGCCGUUCUAUGUAUUCUUAGCCGGCUCUAUGUUCUGCCUCCUUUCAAGUAGCAUCUGCCACCUCUUUUGCUGCCACUCGCACAAUCUAAACAUUUUCUUGCUACGUAUAGACUAUGUGGGCAUCACUACAAUGAUAAUCACUUCAUUUUUCCCACCAAUCUUCUACAUCUUCCAAUGUGACCCACAUUGGCAAUACAUAUAUCUCGGUGGAAUUACUGCAAUGGGGAUGUUCACCGUUGUAACUUUGCUUUCUCCGGCGUUGUCGACCGCAAGAUUUCGCGCUUUUCGAGCUCUUCUCUUCAUGUCAAUGGGGUUUUUUGGCAUCAUCCCAGCAGUACAUGCUGCAGUUGUGAAUUGGAGUAAUCCCAAGCGUAACACAAUCCUAGCUUAUGAGUCUUCCAUGGCUUUGUUUUACUUGACUGGUACUGGGUUUUACAUUAGCCGGAUUCCGGAGAGGCUGAAGCCUGGAUGGUUUGAUUUAGCAUGCCAUAGCCAUCAAAUCUUCCAUGUCUUUGUGGUGUUGGGAGCAUUGGCCCACUACGGUGCCACACUUGUGUUUUUGGAAUAUCGUGACCGUAUUGGAUGCUGAAUAAAUCGAGUCUAUAUACGCCUGAUGUAUUCGAUGUAGGUAAGUAUUUUUCUUGUAAUAUAUCAUGUUUUUUUUUUAAAUAGGGAUUGAUAAUUGAAUGAGUAAAAUUUGAAAUCUUUUAAAUUUACUCAAAUGUAUUUACCAUAGUAUUAAAACGAUGAGUGAGUGAUCAUAAUAUGUUGUUAUAAUGAUUUUUUUUUUAAAUUAAUUUUUCAUUUUUGUUACUCAAGAAAAAGGAAUUGUUAGGUACAAUUUCCUUUGUAAGUCCAUCUAUGAAUUUAGAUGUUGAUGUCUUGUAAUUGUUUGUAAUAUCAAACUUUGAAACAAAUGAAUGAUAUUUUUCAGGAAAAC